GAUAUACAAAGAUGUUCUGUAGCUGUGAUAAGAAGCAUGGUUGUUGUGUCUCCAUCAAUUCUAACUUUGACAAUGACGAGUAUUAAAGGACUUACUUACCUACGUGGAGAUGUUUUAGAACAUCUUGGGGCAGUUAAAAAUCUAUUGAUUAGAGGGUGUGAUGAACUUAGAUACUUGUGGGAAUCAAAACCGGAGGCAUGCGAGAAUCUAAAGAGUUUACGAGAUUUGCGAGUAGAAUCGUGUAAAAAUUUGGUAUCAUUGGUAGAUAAAGAGGCUAAUUUGGGGAUUAGCUCGAAAUUUAUCAUACAAGUGUUUAUUUCUGACUGUCCGAAACUCGUGAGUUACAAUUGUCCAAAUAGGGUGGAGAGAUUGUUUAUAUCCCAAUGUGAUUUAAUGACAUCACUGAAUUUCCCAACAGAGCAGAACCUCCCAUCCACUCUAAAGCAUCUUGGCAUUAGGGCGUGCCAUACUUUGGAGAUGAGUUGGCAUCUCAUCAACUACUUGUCAUCACUUGGAUCUCUUGCCAUCAAUGGUUUGUCGAAUGUGAGGUCGUUACCUGAAGGAUGCUUACUUCAUCUCACCAACUUGCGUAUCGAAGGUUGUGAGAACAUAUAAUCCAUUCCUGAGACAGGUUUUGGUUUCCUUCCCCUUGUUUGCCUAAGAGAUCUCCAUAUCAAUAGAUGCAAGAAUCUGAAGUCAUUUCCUCAUAAGCAUUUGGAAAGACUCACAUCUUUGCGAAUGUUGGAUGUACAAGAUUGUCCAAGUAUGGACUACUACUUUCCUUGUGGUUUGUGGCCUCCUCAUUUAAGUACAUUACUUAUAGGAGGGUUAAAGAAGCCUAUGUCAGAGUGGGGGCUGCAAAAUUUCCCAACCUCACUUGUUUCACUUCUUUUAUAUGGCCAAAAUUCAGGAGUGGUUUCAUUUUCUCUAUUUGUUCCACCAUCGUUAACUCAUCUAGGUGUUGGUUGUUUUAUGGAGUUGGAAUCAGUUUCCAAGGGCCUACAACACCUCACCUGCCUCCAACAACUCUCAUUCAAGUCAUGCCCCAAGCUCAAAGAUUUGCCUGCAGAGACUAUACUUCUUUUACUUUCAAGUUUGCACGUCGAUAAUUGCCCGAAACUGGAAAAAAGGUGUGAUAGUAAAAAAGGCAAGUAUUGGCCCAUCAUCUCCCAAAUCCCUUACCUUCAUGUAGGUCGAUCACAGGGGCUGGGUUGAGAGCUUUCAAGAACCCGUGGAGAAAAGAAAGACUCGUUUUAAGUGUUACUUAACAGGAUUGUUAGUUCAGACUUCCUUCUUGGUGUUCAUCAUAUGUCUACUACCCAUCGGAUGAAAAGCAUUCCAGAGUCUUGAGAGAAGUAUUCCAGAAUUUUUGGAGUAGCAAUCAAAAGGGUCCAAACUUAU